AUGCAGAACUUUAAGAUCAAGGUGGAGGACGACGGACCGGUCAUCGACGAGCUCGAGCGUCUGCUUAAGAUCCAGGGGGAGGAUAUUCUCUACACUAUCCCUACGUACCCCACAGGUCGUACGCUCAGUGUCGAGAAGCGUAAGCGUCUUGUAGACCUCAGUGUCAAGUACGGCUUCCUCCUCGUGGCCGACGAGGUGUACCAACUGCAGUCCCUGCCACACGUGACGUGUCCUCCGCCCAUCUUCACGUUCGAUGAGCACGACACGGUGCUUGCUCUCGGUGACUUCCCCAAGGUCCUGACUUCCGCUCUACGUCUGGGUUGCUCACAAGCUUCAGAACAAGAUCGUCCACUGCCUCGCACACCGCUCCAGUGAAUUGGCAUCGUAGGAACGAACCGACAACGCUGUACAUCGAAAUCUAAUGAAAAGGUCUAACACCAUCUAGGUUUAGAACUCUUACUUUAAGCAAUCUUUGGGCUAUGCCAGUGAACGACGGUAGUAA